AUGCCAGGUAAAAACACUCAAGUACCCCAGGCGAGUAGAAGAAUAUCUUCAGAAUCUCGCACUGAUGUUAAAUCAGUCUGUCCCAUGGAUUCUGGGGGGGACAAUUAUUUGGCGAAGAAACCUAAGAAAAAUAAAAGUUAUUCAAUUUUUUACAUAGCAACAUACAAUGUACUGUCAUUGCUGUCGGAAGAACGAUUAACUGAACUUGAGUGCGAACUAGAGAAUAUCAAGUGGGAUAUGGUGGGUCUCGGCGAGGUUAGAAGGCGCGGAGAACAACUCAUUACUUUAAAAUCUGGCCACAGUUUCUAUUACGUAGGAGAUGACAAUAGCUCAGUAGGAGGAACUGGUUUUCUGAUACAUAAACGUCACAGAACAAGCAUUUUGUCUCUGAAGAAAUUCUCCACAAGAGUAAUAUGCCUUGUCCUUAAACUUAACACAAGAUAUAAUAUAAAAAUCAUACAAGUUUACGCGCCUACCUCGGAUCAUACUGACGAAGAAGUAGAUUUGUUUUACGACGACAUCAAAAAUGCUCUCAGCGAUCAGCAGGCACAUUAUAGUAUUCUAUGUGGUGAUUUCAAUGCCAAGAUGGGAACGAGGUCGGAUGUUGCUGAGUUCUUACUGGGAAACUAUGGAGUGGGGGGAAGAAAUGAUAGAGGUGAAACAUUGCUUGGUUUCCUGCUGCAGAACAACUUAUUCCAAAUGAAUAGCUUCUUUCCUAAGAGACCAAAUAGGAGAUGGACAUGGAGGAGUCCGGAUGGACGAACAAAAAAUGAAAUAGAUUUCAUAAUCACCAACAGAAGUCACAUAGUUAAAGACGUGUCAGUAUUGAACAAGGUAUCCACCGGAAGUGACCACAGGAUUGUAAGAGCUAAAUUAAUGAUUGACGUCGGUAAAGAACGGCAUAGGCUGAUCAAGAAGACUAACAGCGACAGACCAUGGAGGAGCCCACCGGACACGGUCUGCUUCCAGCAAUACAUCUAA